AUGGCUAAAGGGAAAGGGAAGAGCGCUUCAGGCGCUAAUCAGAUUAUCCCAGAUGGAGGUGUUUCAAUUUCAGAAUCCAAACCUACCGCCGAUGUUCCCCAGAUUGACGAGAGCGCCUUCGCCGGUCUGCGACAAAAAAUCGAGCAACGCUUAAAAGAUCAGAGCUCCAAGGCAAAAUCGAAGAAGAAUAACAAGGCGGCUACAUCUACCGAGGAUUCUCAAGCCGACAAAGAGACUGCCCCCAAGGCCGAUAAAAGCCAGGAUCUCUCUGCGCAAGGCAAGAAGCGUGAUCGCAAUGGAGAGGUGAUCGCUCGCGACGAUAAGAAGGAAGGAAAGAACAAGGCUGGAAAAGCUUCCAAAAAGUGUGCCGAUGAUGAAACUUUGCGACAAGAGAUUCUGGCACUUGGUGGUACCGAGGAUGAUCUCGACCUUGUGGCCGGUAUUGACUCCGAGGGCGAGGAGGUUGAAGGCGUCCAGGCUAAGGGUGGUGAUGGGGAUCUUCGUAAGGAACUCGCGAAAAUGUUAGAGGCUGCCGGCCAUGUUGUGCCAGAGGACCUGGAAGAUGAUGACGUUGAAGAAGAGGAGGAAGUCGAAGAGGACGAGGAGGAAAAUGUCGAAGAUAUCGAAGAUAUCGAAGACGAAGACAUCAGCGAUGAAGCUGACGACGAUGUCUCCGAUGUUUCCGAUAUUAAGGAACCUGUUCCAGUUAAGACAAAAGCACAGGAGGUCGUUAUUCCAAAAGAAUAUGCAAACCUGGCCAUUCUCCCUCGCUCCGAUUGGUACGCAGCUCCUGUUCCGCGCGUUGCUAGUGGAAAUGCGAAGCAGAUGAGCGCCCUUCCCCGACACCUGGUUGAUCGCAUACACGAGCUUGCCAAUACGCUGCUGCAGGAGGAAAACGACAAGUAUGCCAAGGCCCAGCAAACUUCGGCUUCUUCAUCCUACAAGUUCUACACAAGCAUCAUGACCUCCGGUACCCUGAGUGAUAAAAUCUCUGCUUUGACCCUGGCUGUUCAGGAAUCUCCUCUACACAACAGAAAGUCUCUGGAGACUCUGAUUGGUCUAGGACGUAAGCGUAGCCGUGCUCAGGCGGUCGAGGUUCUGCGCUCCUUGAAGGAUAUGUUCGCCCAAGGAACACUUCUCCCCAGUGACCGUCGUCUGAAGGCAUUUGCCAACCAGCCAUCGCUUGUUGCUGCGUUCCAAGGCGCCGGCGGCCGUUGGACUGAGCGGGAUCCUCUCCCCGGUGGCUUGCAGAAAAGCCAUCUGAUGAUGUGGGCUUUUGAGGACUUCGUGAAGGAGCAGUUCUUUGAGGUUCUUAAGAUUCUAGAGACUUGGUGCAACGAUGAAAUUGAAUUCUCUCGAUCUCGUGCCAUCAGUUAUGUCUAUGAGCUUCUCAAGGAAAAGCCAGAGCAAGAAGCCAAUUUGUUGCGAUUGCUGGUCAACAAGCUUGGAGACCCAGGCAAGAAAAUUGCUUCACGCAGUUCUUACCUUCUUUUGCAACUUCAACAGACACAUCCACUGAUGAAGCCUUUGAUCAUCAAGGCUGUUGAAGAGUUGCUGUUCAGACCUGGUCAGAGCCAGCAUGCCAAAUACUACGCCAUAAUUACUCUCAACCAGACUGUUCUCAGCUCGAAGGAAGAGCCGGUUGCUAUGCAGCUGCUGGACAUCUACUUCUCUCUUUUUGUGACUAUUCUAAAGCCAACUCAACCCAAGAAGCCCAGUUAUAACAUCAAGUCUCACGGCAAGCAUGGCAACAAGGGCUCUAAGAACAAGGGUCCUGCUAAGGGAGAAGCCCAGGAUGAUGAAAUGCGUGAGAAGUUGACUUCCGGUGUCCUGACCGGUGUCAACCGCGCGUAUCCAUUUACUGACGCUGACUCGGAGCGACUCUCUAAGCACAUCGACACACUUUUCCGCAUCACCCAUUCCUCGAACUUCAACACCAGCAUUCAAGCUCUCAUGCUGAUCCAGCAGAUCACUGCAACCCACCAGGUUGCCAGUGACCGCUUCUACCGUACCCUUUACGAGUCUCUGCUGGAUCCCCGUGUCACUACCUCUUCCAAGCAAUCACUCUACCUCAACCUUCUGUUCAAGUCACUCAAGAGCGACCUCAAUGUUCGUCGGAUCAAGGCAUUUGUGAAGCGUAUUGUUCAAGUUCUUGGAUUGCAUCAACCCGCCUUUGUCUGCGGUGUUUUCUACUUGAUCCGCGAGCUGGAGAAGACUUUCCCCAGUCUUUCAUCUCUGUUUGAUCAACCUCAAGCAAAUGAUAGUGACGACGAGGAAGUGUUCCGAGAUGUCCCUGACGAGGAUGACGAGCAACCCGCGCCCGUUAUCGAGACCAAGGCCCCGAAGAAGUCCAACAUUUAUGACCCCCGCAAGCGUGACCCAGAGCACAGCAAUGCCGACCAGACCUGUCUCUGGGAGUUGCUGCCCUACACAUCUCAUUUCCAUCCCUCUGUCUCUGUCAAUGCUGUGAACUUACUGGAGCACAACCCAAUGAGUGGCAAGCCCGAUAUGAACAUUCAUACCCUCACUCACUUCUUGGACCGUUUCGUGUACCGCACUCCCAAGGCCAGCGCCGCCGCCCGUGGUGCUUCCAUCAUGCAGCCUCUUGCUGGUGGCGACACUGCAGACCGCUUGGUGGAGGCUGCUAAGACAACCCAGCAAAACAUGCCCCUUAACUCCGAGAGCUUCUGGAAGAAGAAGGCCGAUCAAGUCGCGGCUGAGGAUGUCUUCUUCCACGAGUACUUCAACCGUGUUAACAAGGACAAGACACGCACUAAGAAGGCCAAGGAUACUGAGGGUGACGAUGAGGAUGCCGAGGGUAGCGAUAACGAGGACGAGAUCUGGAAGGCACUUGUGGACUCCAGACCUGAGCUGGAAGCCGACGAUAUCAGCGACGACGAUCUCGAUAUGGAUGAUCUGGAGUCUGCUUACGAUGAUGACGAGGAGGAUGUUGAAGGCGAGGGUAGCGGUGAUGAUGAGGUCAUCUUCAACGAUGAGUCCGACGUACCUUCUGAUGAGGAGAUGGCCGACUUCAGCGGCCUUUCCGAUGAGGAAACUGAAGCUGUCGCUCCUCCUCCCGCCACAAAGAAGGCCGCCAAGAAGGCCGCCAAGGAAGAGAAGGUCGAAGAGGACGAGGAAGAUGCCUUCGACAUGGAUGUUUCGGACGACGAGGCUUUCUUGGACAGCGACGACGAUCUGCCAUCCGAUAUGGAACUUGGUGGUGUCGAGUUGGAGGAGGCACCUACCGAGGCUCCCUCGGACAAGAAGAAGCGCCGCAAGCUCAAGCACCUCCCAACCUUUGCCUCUGCCGACGACUACGCGGCUCUUCUUGCAGACGAAGACGAGGGUAUGUAA